AUGAGUGUUCAAAAUGUAUACUUUAAGAAGAUUAUGGAGCUCAUUGUGAAGAAUCCAAUCAAUCCCAAUGAUCCAUUCUUAAAAUUUAUCGCUAAAACAGUCGAAUUUGAAGAAUUUACAGUUUAUUGUAUUGGAAGAAUCCACAAUACACUCGAUCAGUCAACAAAAUCGCAUUACUUCGACCUUGUUUGCAUGGUUUCACUUAUCGCUCCAAAGCAAAUUCAGUUUGAAACCAUUUACGAAUUUUUGGAAAAAUUUGAUGACUUUCCGUCAUUUGAAAACCUGAUAAAUUUGAGUAACUCAUUGGGACACAUAUUCAGUCAGCAGACAAAAAUCGCUAAUCACUCAGAUUUGAAACAAAUUCUUGAAAGAUCUCCGGCAAUUCAAGGCUUAUAUGGGCAUAUAAUCAUAUCAACAUACGCAAGACAUGAUAGUAAUGCUUAUAACAACAUAUUCAACGAGAUAUUACUUCUAAUUAACGAAAGUCAGCACUUGAAUUACGACAAACUUCUUGCUAUCAAUAUCCUUCUCGAGAAGAACACUUAUACUGAUAUUUCUAAGGAAAAUAUACAGCGUUUUGUCAAUAUUUUGUCUAAAAAAGCGAAUUAUUUGGCAGAUAUGAUGAAAUCCGAUGAUUUACUGCAGAUUACACUCAUAUUAGAACUUAUUGCUAAGUAUUUCAAGUUCUUCAAGGGAAGCGAGAACAAAAAACAUUUGAUUAAUUGUUUCAUUCAAUUACAAUAUGUUUACAACAGAUUUAAAGAAAAUCCAACCGUUAUCCGUGAUGUUGUUGACAUUAUGAUCAAUACUCCUGUUGGAAAUCACGGUUCUUUGUCCGCAUCUCAACAAAUCAAUUUCUUUUUCGAAUUAUUAGUUUCUAAGACAUGUGAGUCAUUUAUAGUUGAUCCUAGUGAAGAUUUCAGGAUUGAUUUCGUAAAAGAAAGACUUUUGUCGCAAAAUGAAAUUGAAACUGCUGUAAUUACAAUAAAAAUGUUCAAGCACCUCAAUUUCAACUACGUACUGAAGUUAGUAACAAAUACUGUACUCUGCGAUGAAGAAAAAUGCGUUGAAGACGUGUAUUAUUCAAUAUUAAAUAUUGAAAAGAACUCAAACGAGUCAAAUGCUGAUUUUGAAGCAAGAAAGGCUACGUUGAUGCAAUAUACAGCAUCAUCAUUUAAGGAUUUCUUCAAAAACUGCAAGAAUUUGAACUCAUUUGAAACUGUUCUAAUUUAUUUCUUCGAAUUUACCGUCAAAUCGGACUAUGAAGCAGAAAUUAAGGAAGCAAUUCAGUAUCUCUCAUUAAAUAUCAACGCAGUGAUCUAUCAUUUGAUGAAAAAGUACCAUUUAAUCUCAAAUCCAGAAAUUCAAUGGGAAUUUAUCAGUUUUAUCGCCCAGAACAUCGAUAAAAUCAGGCCAGUUACAGAUGACAUGUCAGAACACUAUGAUUUCAUAUGCGAAUUACUUUAUCAAUACGGAAUUGAGAAAGAAGAGGCCAAAAAGGACAUUUUAGUGAAGGUUUUCAGUUCAAUAUUCCAUACAAAACUAGAAAACCCUUCAAUUAUCACUUUAAUUUUCAAUUCAAUUAUAAAUCCAAAAGAAUUUGACGAAUUUUUAUGCAAAAACAUCAAAAGUAAGAAGUCAUUCAAGCCUAUUGUUGUAUCAGCAGCUUAUUUCCAUUCAAAAGAUAACAAAAACGUCAAAUCAAAAUCAUAUGACUUAUCUGUAGAGUAUUUACACGACAACAAGAUCAAAACUAAUUAUUUACCAGAACUUAAGACGAUCUACUACGAGUUCUACAGUAUUUUGUUCGAAAAUGAUAUGGAAAAAUCGAGUGAUUUCAUUUUGGAAACAACUCAACAACUUACGAAGACAAAGAGCGUAAAAAUGAUCAACCACGAGUUAUGUAUUGCGUAUGCCAUAGCCAAAAUCAUUGCAAAUUAUAUAGAAAUCAAAGAUCAAAUUUUCCAAAAACUGGAAGAAGCGUUCAAGCUCAUAAUGUUCCAUUACAACCCUCAGGAUUUCAUCAAAGAAAACGCCUCUACAUGUGUAUCAUUCUUGGAAUGCGAUCGCGAAGUAGAUUCUGAAAUUUUGAUAAAAUUUUCGGAGUCAGUAUCACUUUGCAAACAUUACAAAGAAAUAUGUAAUUGCUGUGAAAAUCCUGCAUCGCUUAUAUGUCGACUCAUCGAUUCAUACUCUUUGUGCGUCGAUAAUUUCCCUCAAGCCGAAGAAUUUUGUCAGUUCUGUAUCGACAACAAGAACGACAGUGAGCUACUACAUGUAUUCUGUCGAUCCUUCUGUCUGGUUCCUUACGUAGAUUUAAGUUUGCGGAUAUUAAGUUACGUAUUAACCAAAUCUUCUUGUUCCCCUGAAGAGAAAGCCAAAACAAUGCGCCCAGCAAUCUUCUUGUCCAUCAGAUACACCACGGAAACAAAUUCAUUGAAGAUACCCAAUGAUUUAGUCCUAAGACCAGUUUUCGAUUUCUUUAAUUCAUUUUUGUGUAAACCUUUCGAAAAAAGUGACAUCAUGACCGCUAUCGGCAAUAAUUUAGACAGCCGAGAUAUUACGGAUUUAAUAUUCCAAUACAUUGUCAAUCAAGAUAUUGACGACAGCAGAUUAUUGUUACUUACGAUUAUUUGCCAAAAGUGUCAAGAAAAAAUUGACGAUAAAACUUUGGUAAAUAUUUUCAGUGUCAAAUUGUCAAAUUCCCCAGAAAUUGACAGAGAUUUGAUAUCAUUAUUAAGUCAAUUACUUAAGAAUGAUCCGGAUCGAUGUAUUCUUUCAGCUUUUAAUUCAAGAAACAUCGAUAUUUCCACAAAAGCAUUUAUUAAUUGUUGUUCAUUAUCUUCGAAGUUUCCUCAUGUUUUUGUCACUUUUGUAACACAUCACAAAUCUAUUUGUACUGUAUCAAGUUCAUUAAUUGUCUCGAAUAUACUCAAAAAAGGAAUAAUGACGAGAAUAGAUUACGGAGACAUUUUCUUUUCUUAUUGUAUAAUUUGUUCAAGAUUGAAUCAGUUUCCUGAUGAAAUAGACAUCGAUGGAACAGCAUCAAAUCAAUUUGUUCAAGAUUUCAUUGAGUUCGUUUCUUCUCUUGAAAUUGACGUGAGUGCGAAACUUCUUAAAGUUGCUUUGUCUCAUGCUAAAGAUGUUUGUACAUCUAAGCAGGAAAUAUUUAAUCAUGCUUCAGGAAUUAUUUUGAGUUUGCCACCUGAUUUUGUUAUAUCAGAAAUUGUUGAAUCUCUAUUUAAUUUCGAUGUUUCUGAUCUUCCUGAAUCAUUAAGAGAAUUCUUACACAGACAAAUCAACAAAGAAAAUGUUGUUUCUUUCAUUUCGAAAUCAACAAAUAACACAAAAUCAUUGUUGAUGGAGUUUGGAUUAAGAAAAGAUAUUUGUUUAGUUUUGUUGAACACAAAUACAAAUCUUGCUUUGGAAAUCAUCAAAAAACGUGUUGUUUCUAAUCAUAAUUUCGGAUUUUAUCCUUAUGAUAAUCUUUUUAUUCUUGGAGCAAAUGGAAAUCAAACAGCAGCUGAUAUUUUGUUGAUUGAAACAAAUACGAAGAAUUUCAAGGAAAUGUUUUCUAUUUUAUUGGCAAGGGAUUGUUUCAUGGAUCUUAAUAAGAUCGUUGAGAGUUUGAUAAGCACGAAAGCUUUAGAUUGUUUAAUUACUGUUCUGAUGGAAUUGAAUUCUCUGAAAGUUGUUUCUCAAAAGAAUUUAUUGAAUGCAACAAUUGUUCUUUCGCAAGAACCAAGGUUAAGAAAUAAUGCACUUAAUAUACUUCUCUUGGCUGACAAAAUUUCUACUUAA